ACUAUUUUUUUUAUUUAUGCGAAAAAACCACGCAAGUCAAGCGAUUUGAUUGCUGCAGUAGGCUUGUAACGUCGACGUUUCCAUGAAUAAUUAGCCGGAAAAUGUUGCGCAUACGUCGACGCUUUGCCUUGGUGAUUUGCUCGGGCUUCCUGCUGGUUUUCCUCAGCCUCUAUGUGAUUCUCAACUUUGCGGCGCCGGCAGGCAACCAGAAAAAGCCCAACUAUGUGGCCAUUGAGGAUAAGCUGAUUCGGUUGGAAAAUGGACUGCAGGAGCAUGGCGAGGAGAUGCGGAACAUGCGGGCUCGAUUGGACAAGAAAACGGUGGAGCAGCCCCUUAAGACACCACUCAAAGUGCCCCGCUCCCCAGGAUCAGGAGCAAAGGAGUGCCAGGAUGUGGUCCAGGAUGUGCCCAGUGUGGAUAUACAGAUGCUGGAGCUAUACGAUCGCAUGUCCUUCAAGGACAUCGAUGGCGGGGUGUGGAAACAGGGCUGGAACAUCAAGUACGAUCCUCUAAAAUACAAUGCCCACCACAAACUCAAGGUAUUCGUGGUGCCCCACUCGCACAACGAUCCCGGCUGGAUCCAGACCUUCGAGGACUACUACCAGCACGACACCAAGCACAUCCUGUCCAAUGCCCUGCGGCACCUGCACGAGAACCCAGAGAUGAAGUUCAUCUGGGCGGAGACCUCGUACUUUGCCCGAUUCUACCAAGAUCUGGGGGAAAACAAGAAACUGCAGAUGAAAUCCAUUGUAAAGAGUGGACAGCUGGAAUUUGUGACUGGAGGAUGGGUGAUGACGGAUGAGGCGAAUGCUCACUGGCGUAGUGUGUUGCUGCAGCUGACUGUAGGCCAAACGUGGCUAAAGCAGCACCUGAAUGUCACACCCACCGCCUCGUGGGCCAUCGAUCCCUUCGGGUACAGUCCCACAAUUCCGUACAUUCUGCAAAAGAGUGGAUUUAAGGAUCUACUAAUCCAGCGCACUCACUACUCGGUGAAGAAGGAGCUGGCCCAACAGCGCAACCUGGAGUUCCACUGGCGCCAGAUCUGGGACACCAAGGGAGAGACCUCGCUUUUCACCCACAUGAUGCCCUUCUACUCGUACGACAUACCCCACACCUGUGGCCCGGAUCCCAAGGUUUGCUGCCAGUUCGACUUCAAGCGAAUGGGCGCCUUCGGAUUGAGUUGCCCGUGGAAGACGCCACCGCGAGCCAUUGUGGAGGGGAAUGUGGCAGCGAAAUCGGAACUGCUGGUGGAUCAGUGGAAGAAGAAGGCUGAGCUGUAUCGAUCGAACGUCCUGCUGAUUCCCUUGGGCGAUGACUUCCGCUUCAAGCAGAACACCGAGUGGGAUGUGCAGCGGGUGAACUACGAGAAGCUGUUCGAGCACAUCAACAGCCAGGCGCACUUCAAUGUGCAGGCUCAGUUUGGCACGCUGCAGGAGUACUUCGAUGCAGUGCAUCAGGCGGAGCGUGCCGGACAGGUUGAGUUUCCCACGCUGAGCGGUGACUUCUUCACCUACGCCGAUCGUUCGGAUAACUACUGGAGUGGCUAUUUCACAUCACGGCCGUAUCACAAGCGCAUGGAUCGUGUCCUGAUGCACUAUGUCCGCUCGGCGGAGAUGCUCUCCGCCUGGCACUCCUGGGACGGAAUGGCGGGCAUCGAGGAGCGCCUGGAGCUGGCUCGCCGGGAGCUGUCCCUCUUUCAGCAUCACGAUGGCAUCACUGGCACAGCCAAAACGCAUGUGAUGUUGGACUACGAGCAACGCAUGCAGGAAGCUCUAAAGGCCUGCCAAAUGGUGAUGCAGCAGUCCGUAUACCGCCUGCUAACCAAGCCCUCCAUCUACAGUCCAGACUUUAGCUUUUCCUACUUUACGCUGGACGAUUCGCGCUGGCCGGGAUCAGGCGUGGAGGACAGUCGCACCACCAUUAUCUUGGGCGCGGAUGUACUGCCCACCAAGCAUGUGGUGAUGCACAAUACCCUGCCCCAUUGGCGGGAGCAGCUGGUGGACUUCUAUGUGUCCAGUCCCUUCGUCAGUGUCAGCGAUCUGGCCCACAACCCAGUGGAGGCUCAGGUCUCGCCCGUGUGGAGCUGGCACCACGACACCCUCACCAAGACCAUCCACCCACAAGGCUCCACCACCAAGUAUCGCAUCAUCUUCAAGGCUCGCGUGCCGCCCAUGGGACUGGCCACCUACGUUCUGACCAUCUCCGAGUCCAAACCAGAACACACCUCGUACGCCUCGAACCUUUUGCUGCGAACCAAUCCGGUCUCCGUGCCUUUGGGUCAAUAUCCGGAGGAUGUGAAGUUUGGCGAGCCCAGGGAGAUCUCGUUGCGCGUGGGCAAUGGUCCAACCCUGGCAUUUUCGGAGCAGGGUCUGCUCAAAUCCAUUCAGCUCGCACAGGACAGUCCGCCUGUGCCGGUGCACUUGAAGUUCCUUAAGUAUGGCACUAGGACGCAUGGAGAUCGAUCCGGAGCCUAUCUGUUCCUGCCCAAUGGACCUGCUUCGCCUAUGCAGCUCAACCAUCCCGUGGUCCUGGUGACCAAGGGCAAACUGGAGUCAUCGGUGAGCGUGGGUCUGCCGAGUGUGGUGCAUCAGACCAUAUUGCGGGGCGGAGCCCCUGAGAUUCGCAAUUUGGUGGACAUCGGCGUGCUGGAUAACACGGAGAUCGUGAUGCGUUUGGAGACGCAUAUCGACAGUGGCGACAUAUUCUACACGGAUCUCAAUGGACUGCAGAUCAUUAAGAGGCGCCGUUUGGAGAAGCUACCCUUGCAAGCCAACUACUAUCCAGUUCCCUCUGGCAUGUUUAUUGAGGAUGCCAAUAUGAGACUUUCAUUGCUCACGGGUCAACCUCUGGGUGGAUCUUCCCUGUCCUCCGGGGAGCUGGAGAUCAUGCAGGAUCGACGCCUGGCCAGUGAUGAUGAACGUGGCCUGGGACAAGGUGUUUUGGACAACAAGCCGGUGCUGCUCAUCUAUCGCCUGUUGCUGGAGAAGAUCAACAGUUGUGCUCGACCCUCGGAGGUGGAUCCGGCUGGUUACUUGACAAGGGCCGCCCACAAGGCCUCACAAUCGCUGCUAGAUCCGCUGGACAAGUUUAUAUUCGCUGAAAAUGAGUGGAUUGGAGCACAGGGUCAGUUUGGCGGCGAACAUGUCUCAGCUCGUGAGGAUCUGGAUGUGUCCGUGAUGCGACGCUUGACCAAGAGCUCGGCCAAGACGCAGCGUGUGGGCUAUGUCGUGCAUCGCACCAAUAUAAUGCAAUGCGGCCAAGCAGAGGAGCAGGCAAAGAAGUUAAAUGUUUGCCAUAUACUUCCGAAUGCGACACGAUGUGAGCAAACUACCCUGACAUUCCUGCAGAACCUGGAGCAGUUUGAGUCCAUGGUGGCGCCGGAGGUGUGCCCCAUGGAAACCGUCGCUUAUGUGAGCAGCCACACAAGCUGAUCGCCACGUGUCCUCCAAAAGGAUCUUAGACACACGGAAAACAACCUAUGAAUCUCGGAAGCUAACUUCACUGCAAUACAGGCAAUCUUCGUUUAAUGUUCAAGCAAAAGCACUGACUGCACCGCAAGACAAUGCGUACUCCGUACUACGCAACAUUUAUUUAUUUAAGCUUCCACACUGGAGUGUUUGGAAAUUCGAUCCUAUGACGCAGCGGUGUGUUUUUGCACCCCCUUUGUAAACUACACAUUUUACUUUGUUUCGCCUAGGUUUUUACGUUUUUUUGUGAUAAUCCCUCCAAUCCCACAGCAAGCAAUACAUGUCUGUCUUCAAUAUCCCGCCCGGGAUAUUUCCAAAAAAUCAUGAAUCGUAACUAGUAACUAUAAACGUUUUACUGUAAUGUAGGCUUAGUGAUAAUGACGCAACUGCAAAGUCAAUGAUAUUAAUCUCGACGUUUGUUUUGUAACGAAUUGAAUAAAUUGAGUCUCAUUUUAGAAA